AUGCACUUGGGCUACCUGGCACUACUCACCACCCUCUUUCCGCGACUGGAGGGUCAAACCACCGUCAACCGCCUGCCGCGGUGGGUGGUGCCGCUGCGGUACCGCCUGGACCUUGUGACGCGCAUCAACCAGCCCUAUCAGCCCUUCGGCGGCAAGGUAGUUAUUGAUUUGAGAUCGGAGCGGCCCACCAAGAGUCUGGUUCUCAAUGCCCGCAAGCUGAAUAUUCGCAAGCGGAAAUCCGUAAGUUUGGUGGCCAAGCGGGGAAAACCGGUGACGGUCAGUCACAUAGAGACGGAUAGCAAACUCUGCCGGCUGACUGUCCACCUGAAGAGCUCGCUUGUGGUUAACACCACGUACACGCUGAAGAUAUCCUUCACCAGUGUCCUGAGGAGUGACAACACGGGGUUCUACAGCAGCAGCUACGUGGACCAUAACACCACUUUGGCCCAGUGGCUGGCUGCCACCCAAUUCGAGCCCAUCCACGCCCGCGAGGCCUUCCCCUGCUUCGACGAUCCCAUCUUCAGGACCCCCUUCGCGAUCAACCUGGCCCACCCGCACGAGUACCGCGCCCUGUCCAACAUGCCUGUCAAUCGGACCAUCCGCCACUCCAGCCUGAAGGACUACGUGUGGACGCAGUUCCUGGAGAGCCAUCCGAUGCAGACGUACCUGGUGGCCUUCUCGAUCAGCAAGUUCGAGCGGCCGGGCUUCACGUCCAAUGAGCGCGAGGGCUGUCCCAUUAGCACGUGGGCCCGCCCGGACGCCCUGCCGCAGACGCAGUUCGCCAACAUUCUGGUGAAGCCGCUGCUCGACUUCUACGAGCGGCUGUUCAACAACAGCCUGCGGCUCAUGAAGAUCGACCUGCUGGCCCUGCCGGACUUUGCCUUUGCGGCCAAGGAGAACUGGGGCCUGCCGACCUUCGCCGAGGAGUCGGUCCUCUACGACAUGGAACUCAGCUCGAUGAGUGACCAGCAGGGAGUUACCCGAGCGGUGGCCGUGACGGUGGUGCACCAGUGGUUCGGAAACCUAGUUUCGGUGGUCUGGUGGCACGAGGUUUGGCUAAAGAACGCCUUCGCCCUGUACCUCUCGCGUUUCGGGGUGCACGAACUGCGUCCCGAGUGGGACUACAUGGAGCGGCAUGCCCUGCAGCUCUACCUGCAGGUGCUCGACUACGAUGCCCAUGUGAACACCGAUCUGGUGGCGGCCCAGGUGCCCGACGAGGCUCACAUCUGGUCGGCCUACAACGAGAUCGGAGAGCGCAAGGCGGCCGUGCUCUUCGACAUGCUGCACCGCAUCAUGGGCGAGGAUGCCUGGCUGGCCGGGGUGCGUCGCUAUCUGGUGAAGUAUGCCAACAGCAGUGCCACCUCCUCGGAUUUCUGGGACAUCCUACAGCUGCAGGUGGAUCGCAACGGGUUGCUAGGCAAGGGUCUGAACAUCACGCGCAUCAUGACCUCGUGGCUGAAGCAGCCGGGCUACCCGCUGCUCCUGGUCACCCGGAACUACGAGGAUCGCUCGGCUCUGGUGCGGCAGGAGCGCUUCUUCAUCAGUCCGCAGCUGAAGCAUCGGGCCGUGGCCAAGAAUCCCUGCUGGUGGGUGCCGCUCACCUACUCGUGCCCCAGUUGCCGUCACCUGGACAGCAUCACGGCCAGCCGCUGGCUCACCUGUUCGAUCCACGGACCGCAGGGUCGCCUGCAGUCCGUGCGGCUGGAGAAACUGAUGGCCGGGCCGAAGGACUGGCUGCUGCUCAACGUCCGACACUCGGCUCCGUUUCGCGUGAACUACGACCUGCGCAAUUGGCAGCUGCUCAACGAAACGCUCGCCGAUCCCACGGCAUUCCGGCAGAUCCAUCGCGUGAACCGGGCCCAGCUGGUCGAUGAUCUCUUUAACCUCGCCUGGAGCGGCGUCAUGGAGUACCCGAUGGCCCUGGGCAUCAUCGGCUAUCUGGAGCACGAGGACGAGUAUGUCGUGUGGGACGCCACGCAGGUCAACUUCGAGCGGAUCAACAAUGUGGCCAAGAAGAACCACCACUACCGGGUGUACAAGAGCUACAUGCGCCUCCUGCUGGAGCGUCAGUUCGAGCGGGUGCAAUCCUCGUACCUCACCAACUCCUCGGGGAACAUGACCCACCGACCGGUGAUCCUGCGGCUGGCCUGCCAGUACGAGGUGCCCGCCUGCGUGAGCCUGGCCCGCCGGGAAUUCGCCAAGGAGACGCCGGUGAAGGCCGGCUGGAUGACCAUCGCCGAGCGGGAGACGGUCUUCUGCACGGCGGUGAAGUUCGGAACCGAGGCGGAUCGGGAUGCCGUCGAGUCGAUGUACCAGCGCUCCAACUUCGCCGCCGAGCAGGAGACCCUGCUGACCGCUUUGGCCUGUUCGCGCAACGCCUUCGCCCUGGAACGCGUCCUCAAGUGGACCUUCGAGAGCGUGGGCAUUCGCAAGCACAACGCCAGGCGAUCCUUCAGCUCGGUGGUGGCCAACGACGUGGGCUACGGCCUGGCCAAGAAGUAUGUGACGGGAAACAUGCAGCAGAUACGCAACUUCUGCAGCAACUCCACCAACAAGGUGGUCAGCCUCCUGCGGCCGCUGAUCGAGCGGCUGUCCACUUCGCAGGAGCUGGAGUUCUUCAGCCAGUUCUUCCACACGAACCUGCGCGACAUGCACGGCAUGGAGCAGCUGAUCAAGAUCCUCCUGGAGCGCGGCAGCGACAAUAUGCACUGGCAGCGCACCAAGCUCCGUCCGAUGCUGAAGGCCAUCCGGGACAUCAUCCUGUGGCGCGGUCUUCGCCAGUUGGGGAGAAUUGAAAAAGAAGGGCACUCACAUUAGGUUUUCACAGGUCUUGUAAAAUUAAAAAAAUAACGAGUUCAGAAAGGUCAAAAAACGAA